GACUGCGGGGUAAACUUAAAGUGUUUUGGUUACGACGGCAGAUCGCAUUUCCCCGCGUCGACCACAUUUUCUAGAUUCUAAAUGUGCUACUCGAACGUCUGAUGGUGUCCACCUCUCCUUGUGCUUGCUUGGGAAAGCGUCUCAAACUGCACCCCUAGAUUUGCGCAUCAAUCACAAUUGUCGACCAUCAAGCCGGCAUCGUCAUGGUAAGACAAGAUGAGGGGUAGCGACAUUAGCUAUGGAUUAGUUGCUCUUGUUUUGCUGCUCCCUCUAUCCAUGGACCUUCAGAGGACUAAUAAUCGCCGAUUGAGUAUGCAAUGUUACCACAUACAAGGCGGAGAGAUAGCUGAUGCUACACGAAGCUUCUGUUCUUGUUAAUCCGGGCAUCCGGAGCCAAGGGGUACGAGAGACUGAGAGUAGAAAAGGUUGCGUAUCUCCUCUUCUUUGUGGAAUUCUCAAACAACUUCACAAGUUGCAAGUAACAACCAAAAUUGAGAGAAUUUCAAUAAGACAGUGAACAUGACGAUCCCAGAUGAGUUCGAUAUCAUCGUCUGUGGUGGUGGAAGCACCGGUUGUGUGAUUGCUGGCAGACUUGCAAACCUUGACCACAAUCUCCAAGUUCUCCUCAUUGAAGCUGGAGAGAGUAAUCUCAAUAACCCAUGGGUGUUUCGACCAGGAAUCUACCCCAAGAACAUGAAACUCGAUAGUAAGACAGCAUCAUUCUACUAUUCCCGACCUUCAGAAUGGCUUGCCGGUCGUAAAGCUGUUGUUCCAUGUGCACAUAUUCUCGGCGGAGGAUCCUCUAUAAACUUCAUGAUGUAUACACGGGCGUCUGCUUCCGACUACGACGACUUUCAAGCCCAAGGAUGGUCUACAAAAGAACUCAUUCCUUUGAUGAGAAAACAUGAAACAUACCAGCGGGCAUGCAACAACAGGGACCUUCACGGCUUUGAUGGACCCAUCAAAGUAUCAUUUGGAAACUACACUUAUCCAAUUACUCACGACUUUUUACGUGCUGCCGAAUCUCAAGGCAUCCCAACAACUGAUGACUUACAAGACCUGGUUACUGCACAUGGUGCCGAACACUGGCUGAAGUGGAUCAAUCGAGAUACAGGUCGACGUAGCGAUGCCGCCCACGCCUACGUUCAUUCCACUAGAUCCGUACAUUCAAACCUUCAUCUCAUGUGUAACACCAAAGUAGACAAGAUUAUCAUCGAGAAUGGUCGAGCUGUCGGUGUAAAGACUGUGCCAACGAAGCCUCUUCACCCAAAUCAACGUUCACGCACAUUCCGUGCACGAAAGCAAAUCGUCGUUUCAGGUGGCACGCUCUCAUCACCUUUGAUUUUGCAAAGAAGUGGCGUCGGAGACCCAAAGAAAUUGGAGAAGGUUGGUGUCAAGCCUAUUGUCGAUCUACCUGGUGUUGGCCAGAACUUCCAAGAUCAUUAUCUGACAUUCUCUGUUUACCGUGCUAAGCCCGGAACUGAAAGUUUUGAUGAUUUUGCUAGAGGUGUCCCCGAAGUUCAAAAGGCUGUCUUUGAUGAAUGGAAUCUCAAGGGUACCGGCCCACUUGCCACGAACGGUAUUGACGCCGGUGUCAAAAUUCGUCCAACUGAAGAGGAAUUGAACGAGAUGGACAGUUGGCCAACACCCCAUUUCAGAUCGGGCUGGGAUAGCUACUUCAAGAACAAACCUGACAAGCCAGUUAUGCACUACUCGGUCAUUUCUGGCUGGUUUGGUGAUCACAUGUUGAUGCCACCUGGAAACUUCUUCACGAUGUUCCACUUCCUCGAAUAUCCAUUCUCUCGUGGUGAAACUCAUAUCGUUUCUCCAGAUCCAUAUGAGGCACCAGAUUUCGACGCUGGUUUCAUGAAUGAUAAAAGAGACAUGGCACCAAUGGUUUGGGGAUAUAUCAAAUCUCGUGAAACUGCCCGUCGUAUGGACGCCUAUGCAGGAGAGGUCCAGAACAUGCAUCCAUUCUACGCAUAUGACUCCCCAGCUCGAGCUAAAGAUAUGGACUUGUUGACGACCAAUGCGUAUGCUCUUCCAGGCAAUGUUACUGCGGGUAUUCAACACGGUUCUUGGGCAAUGCCUAUCGAACCAGGAAAGCCACCACAAAUUUCCUACCUAAACAGUAACAAGCGAGAUCUGCAAGAAGAUCUCAAGUACAGCAAAAAAGAUAUCGAGCAUAUCGAAGAAUGGGUAAAGAGACAUGUAGAGACAACUUGGCAUUCUCUUGGUACAUGUUCCAUGGCACCCCGCGAAGGAAACUCCAUUGUCAAACAUGGUGUCCUUGACGCACGUCUUAAUGUCCAUGGCGUCAAGGGCCUCAAGGUCGCUGAUCUUUCUAUCUGCCCUGAUAAUGUUGGAUGUAACACUUUCUCAACUGCUCUUCUCAUCGGAGAGAAAUGCUCUGUGCUAGUCGCCGAAGAUCUCGGCUAUAGUGGCAAGUCACUUGACAUGAAGGUACCCAACUAUCAUGCUCCGGGUGAGCUCAGCGGUAUUGCCACUUCGCGUCUUUAGUUUCGUUCUUUGAUGGAUGUGUGGAUAUGAGGGAUGGACUAUAAAUUUCAGCCGUUCUUUUUAAUGCUGCCACUCAUUCAAGGUUAAUAGGGUUUUGGGUUAUCUUAUGUCAAUAUAUGUUAGUGUAGUUACGAUUUAAUGAACAUUUGGAUCUUUGAUCAGAGGCCGAGUCUCCAAGUUUCUUAUCAUGA